AUGCUGCCUGCGCCGCCCUCGCAGGUGCGCCAUAACUACCACCCCGACUGCGAGGCCGCCGUCAACAGCCAUUUCACCCUGGAGCUCCACGCCUCCUUCGUGUGCCUGGCCGUGGCCUUUUACCUCGACCGCGACGACGUCGCCUUGAAGCACUUCACCGGGUUCUUCCUGCGCCGCUCCCACGAGCACAGCGAGCGGGCCCAGGGCCUGAUGCGCCUGCAGAACCAGCGCGGGGGCCGCCUCCACUUCCAAGACAUCAGGAAGCCAGCCAGUGACGAGUGGAAGAGCGGCCUCAAGGCCAUGAAGUGCGCCUUGUACCUGGAGAAGCUCGUGAACCGGAGCCUGCUCGACCUGCACCAGCUGGCCACCGACAAGAGCGACCCCCACCUGCGUCUCUUCCUGGCAACUCACUACCUCGGCCAGCAGGUGGCGUUCAUCAGAGAGCUGGAGGGUCAUGUCACCACCCUGAGCAUGGUGGGGGCCCCGGACGCCGACCUGGCAGGGUACCUCUUUGACAAGCUCACCCUGGGCGACAGCGACAAGAAGAACUGAGCCUGGACUUCCCCAGAGCCACGGGGUGACCAGAGCCCUGGUCACCGUGCCUGC